AUGUAUUUUUGUUGGUUAUGGGAGUCGGUCACAGCCUUGUUGAAAUUUUACUUUAGUUCACCCUUUUAUCCUCGUAGCAUAUCUCACGAGACAUACCUACCGAAUGUGGAAAUCAAGAAUCGCCCACUGAAUCUUCAUUAUGACUACGUUAUUGUAGGCGGAGGCUCUGCUGGAUGCGUACUGGCCAACCGUCUAUCUGCUGAUCCGAACAGGACGGUGCUGUUGAUCGAGGCUGGGGAAUCGGAGAUUGCCUCCAUGAUCUGUCCAUGGAACAAGGUUCUGUCAUUCAAAACGAAGGUGCCACUGUUCGCGCCAGCACUCAUGGGAACCAAGAUGAACUGGGAGUACCUUCCUGUACCUCAGAAGUACGCUUGCCUCUCUGCGGUUAACAAUGUGUGCCCUUGGGCGAAAGGCAAGGCCUUAGGAGGGUCCAGUGCUAUUAACUUCAUGCUGUACGUUCGCGGGAACCCGCGCGACUAUGACGAUUGGAGAAACAAGUUUGGGGCCGAAGGCUGGGCUUAUGAAGACGUCUUGCACCACUUCAAGAGCAUCGAAAAGACCAUGAUUCCAAACGCCAGUGAACAGUAUCGUGGAACUUCCGGAGACAUUCCUGUGACGUAUCCCAAUUACGAGACGGACCUCCCUACCGAGUUUUUGAGAGGCUGCGAGCAAUUGAAAUACGACAUCAUCGACUACAAUGGAGAAUCGCAGGAGGGAUGCUCCAAGGUGCAAACCAAUACGUACAACGGGGAACGUCAAAGUGCUGCCAAGGUUUUCAUCGAUCCAGUCCUACACCGGGAAAAUCUCCACGUGGCGCUGAAAAGCCACGUCACGAAGGUGCUUAUCGACGGCGAGAAACGUGCUACUGGAGUCUCUUUCUCCUUAGGGGGUGCGACGUUUAACAUUACCGCUACCCGUGAGGUCAUCAUCUCUGCCGGCGCUGUCGGUUCUCCGCAGUUGCUCUUGCUGUCCGGAAUAGGACCAAAGCAGGACCUGGAAAAGAUGCAGAUUCCUGUCGUGAGUGAUCUACCGGUGGGCGAAAACCUCCAGGAUCACGUGCACAUCGACGGCGUCGCUGGCAAGCUUCCUUCGCCUCACGGCAUCGGGCUUUUCAAUCUCCCUCUCGUCAUCGACUGGCGGUCAGGUCCGGCGUCCAUUCCUGGAACCAUUGAAGCUCUCGCAUUUGUCAGCACAAAAUUUGUGGAUGCAUCACUGAAAUUCCCGGACGUGCAGAUCUCCUUGCAGUCUAUAGCUACUACGCAUCCGCUAUUUCGCGUCUACCUAGAAUUAAUGGGUUUCCGGCAAGAUGUUAUCGAUCAGUAUUAUCUGUCCGCAAGGAAUGACUUCGGGUUUGCUCUCGCUCCAGUGAUGAACAGACCCGAGUCUCGGGGUUUUGUGAAGCUGAGGACUACCGACCCAUUCGACCAACCAAUCAUUGACCCAAGGUAUAUGACGCAUCCUCAAGACAUUAAAGUGGCCGUUGAAGGGGUCAAAAUUGCACUGGACCUCAUGAGGAGCGAUCCCAUGCGUUCUAUCGGAGCGGAGCCCUGGAGCAUUCCUCUUAAAGCAUGUGCAUUGAAGGGUCCAAUCUGGAGCGAUGCCUACCUGGCCUGCUUCGUGAAGCACAUGGCUCACACCACGUGGCACGCCUGCUGUACUUGUCCCAUGGGCAAUGAUAGAAGAGCCGUAGUCAACCACGAGCUCAAGGUUUGGGGUGUGCAGAAGUUGCGAGUUGUGGACGCAUCUGUCAUGCCCACAAUAGUGACGGGAAAUCUCAACGUGCCUACUUUGAUGAUUGCCCAGAAAGCAGCUGCCAUGAUUCGAGAUGCUGAUCCAUAGUUUACAAUAAUGAACUACUGAACACAAGCUAUGUUAUGUUUCUAUUUUCAUCGUUCGGGCAUCAUUGACAAGACGAAAUAAAUGAACUUCUGAACAGUGA